AUGGCCGCCGCGUUGAUUCUUUUCAUGCCAAACGAAAUCCAACUUGAAAUAUUCCAUGCUGUGCAUGACGCUGGAGACGCUUUGCGCUCUGUAUCUCAAGUAUGCAGGCUGUGGCGAGAAUUAUCAGUAAACACGUCGACUUUCUGGACUGGCAUCUCCGUCGACAUAUGGUCGAUUGAUCAGGGGGUUGCUUUGGGCGAUCCCUACACUAUAGAGUUUCGUCGUAUAGUCGAGGUUUUCCCGUGGCCAGCCACACUCCUUCGUCGCUCCGGCUUUCAACCUAUCGACAUCAGCAUUAAUCUAGAUUCCGACCUUGACACUAAUACCUCCUCGCAUGACAUUGUCAAAGCCCCUUGGCUGACCGGUUACGCCGUUGUACUUGCACGUUUCCUUGCUUUUUACGCGGCACGAUUUCGACGCGUCGAAAUCCUAUCAGACGAUUUGCACCCUGUUCAGUUUUUGUCGCUCGUCCUGUUUGAUAUGCCGAUGCCAUUGCUCGAGCAAUGGAGCGUCAUAUCCGAGUCGGACAAGCCGCGCCUGACCGUUCUUCCGCCCCCGCCUGCCCCAACUAUCUUUCAACGUCCGGUGGGCAUCGUUCCUUCGUUUGAACAUACGGAUACAUUGUAUCCUAAACUUGCUAGUCUGUCCAUACAUGGAAUUACCUACGAUUGGGGACAGUUUCUUCCUCGAAACCUCGUUACCCUCAAUUUGGGUAACCUCCUAUUUAGCCACGACGAAUUCAAGACACUACUGUUUCACAGCAAAGAUACCUUGCAGUCGUUGACGGUCUCUGCUAUGGCGAUAUACCUUCCGGCUCAGCACGUUCCCACCGAUGACAGAAUUACCCUACCCAACCUCUAUUAUCUCUCCGUGGGUGUCACUUUUGACCCAACUACUCCGUUCCUUGCAACGCAACUUGACGUUCCGAAUUUACUCUGUCUGGAAAUUCACGAUAUAACAACCGAAAGCGAACGAACCUGGAAUACAGACGAUCAUCUGCAACGUUUCUAUCUCCAUGUCAUCGCGAGCUGGCCGCUGAAACAAUUGACCCAUCUUACUCUUGGAUCGGCCCGUUGCCCAAUGGACCCAGCAAAUCUUAUUGUUCUUCAGCAAGAUUUUGAGGCAGGGCGAGGGCCUUCCUGCUACCCCUCGGUUUUGACCUCAUUGUUAUUUAACUGCACUGAACUGAGGAACCUGCGCCUUCUCGAGCCCGAUUCUACUAUGCUCAAGAGUUUAAAUGUUGCUGUAAAUUUGCAAGAUAAAGGGCCCGGGAUUCUUCCCUCUUCGUCGUUAGAUUUCCUCCACAUUGAAACCCAGAACUAUCGGGAACUCGCGCAGUUUCUUGCCCAGAUAAACAAAUAUGCCGAUCUUGACAGCACUCGUAUCAUCGCUCGGUUCAUUCCCACUAUCUUACUUGACAUUCCGCCUGCUUGGGGUGCCCAUUUGUGCACGCUUCUUUCGCGCAAAGCUUGUGCAGAAAUCUUGAAUGGCGAAGGAUACUUCGAGGUUGAAUCGGGGCGAAUCUUCAAUCUCCUGGACAACUUGCCUUAUUAA